UGGAAAGACUACUUUAAUAGAAACCUGGCCAUCCCAGCAUAACUUCUUCAAAUGGUGUAGUAGCCCAGGCUCCCCCGCCUACUCCAAUUUUGAUUUUCAUUUACUCCGUAUUUCACUACAAUAGCCGAAACCCUAGUUCUUCUUCCUCGAUUUCCAUCAAGAGUUCCCCAUCAGAGCCAUAUAUACUUUUGUUCCAGUCUUACACUCUCUGUAAGCUAAUGGGCAUAGGGUAUUAUCUGAAUAUUUAUCCCGCAGAACUGAAAUUCCCAUUUGAGGUGAGGAGGCAGAGUUCAUGUUCUGUGCAAUUAUCUAACAAGACUGAUCAGUAUAUUGCUUUCAAGGUUAAAACCACUAACCCCAAGAGAUAUUGUGUUCGCCCCAAUGCCGGUGUAGUUUUGCCCAACUCUACUUGCAAUGUUACCGUGACAAUGCAAGCACCGAAGGAGGCUCCACCAGAUAUGCAAUGCAAGGAUAAGUUCUUGAUACAGAGCACUGUUGCACCAGAUGGCGCAACAACUAAGGAUUUGUCAGCUGAACUAUUUAAGGCGGGCAGUUGGAGAGAGAUGGAUGAAUUUAAAUUGAGGGUUGUUUAUGUUCCUGCCAAUCCUCCCUCACCAGUACCUGAAGAAUCAGAGGAGGGUUCUCCUCCAAGGGAUUUGAAUGAGAGUGAAACUAAGCCUUCUCCAGUGUCACAAGCUGCAUCAAGAUCUAUAGAGGAGAGCGAGGAGCCCAGAGAAAAGUUAGGAUCUUCAGAGGCUUGGUCAUUGAUUUCAAGGUUGACAGAAGAGAAAAGCUCUACUAUUCAACAGAAUCAGAAAUUCCAUCUCGAACUGGAGAUGUUGAAAAAAGAAGCAAACAGAAAAACCGAUGGCUUCUCAGUAUUGUGUGGUGUGCUGGUUGGGGUAAUCGGAAUUCUGUUAGGGUACUUCAUCAGUAAGAGUUUUGUCCUAUUAGUGUAAAAAAAUAUCAAACUAGCUUUCUGCUUGGACUAGGAUAGCUAAAUUAUUGGAAACCUCUAGUGCAUGACUUUAUCAAAGAUGUUCAAACGAUAGAUUUGUGGCUUCAGGUUCAGAUGAAAGAUUAUUUGUGUAUCUACUAAACUUGAUGCCUCUCUUUUCUUUAAACUUAAAAAAGGCACUGAUAGCACAUAAUGAGCUAGUAAAUAAAUUGAUCGCCAACACCAAUGUCUUCCGUUUGUGUUCGGGAUCUUAUUAUGUGUUUUGUUCAGUUGUUUCCUCGAACUUGUGGCAUUCAACCAGCGACAUCAGCACUAAUGAAUAAUGAUCAGC